AAUGCCACGAGCUGGGGUAUAUAUAGACUGGCAGCUUAUAUACUGUAUAUGUCAGAUACUGGUUGGUUAGAUCUAAAGAGCUAGCACUGAUUCCAGCCACACAAUGAGGGUGAGAAAUCUAUGUCUGUCUGUCUCUCAGUUUUCCUGUCUGUCUUCCUAUCUAUGUUUUUCUAUCUGUUCUGUCUCUGUGGAGCAGUAUAAUUUAGUUCAUAUUCCGCACACCAAAAAAAAAUCGGCAUCUUCAAUCAUUCAGCCAACUCAGGGAUGCGGAAAAACAGAUACUACAAAUAAUAGUGCCGUACCCUUUUAAAAUCACAUCGUUUCAAUAAUACUGCUUCACUUUUCUCUGUGUUGGGUUGUAUUCUGAGUUGUGUGUUGGGAUAUAACACCAGUGCACGGCACUAAUAUAUCUAUUUUAUUCCUGAAAUUAAGGAAAUCCAGAUAUUCAGAGAAAGUUAAAAAUCCUUUCUUCUUCUUCUUCUUCUUCUUCAUUUUUCACAUUUCUAAACUUUAGCGCUCCAAAAUUAGUUAAUGAUCUGUCUCUCUCUUUGUCUGUCUCCCUGCCUGUCUUUAUGUCUAUCUGUGUGACUGCCUGUCGUACUUGGAGUCUGAAUGUCUCUCUGUUAUUAUCUUGGUCAGCAUCUCUUUCUCUCUCUGUCUGUCUGUCUGUCUAAUCUGUCUGUCCGUCUGCCUGUGUCUGUCUAUUUAAUCUGUCUGUCUGUCUUUCUAUCUGAUCUGUCUGUCUAUCUAUUUGUAUCUGUCUAUCUGUCUGUCUAUCUAUCCUAGCCCGUUCAUCUGUCUGUCUCUAUGUUCGUCUGUAUUUGUCUGUCUGUCUCUGUGUCCGUCUGUAUUUGUCUGUCUGUCUCUAUGUCCGUCUGUAGUUGUCUGUCUGUCUCUAUGUCCGUCUGUAGUUGUCUGUCUCUGUGUCCGUCUGUAUUUGUCUGUCUGUCUCUGUGUCAGUUUGUAUUUGUCUGUCUAUAUGUCCGUCUGUAUUUGUCUGUCUGUCUCUGUGUCCGUCUGUGUUUGUCUGUCUGUCUCUAUGUCCAUCUGUAUUUGUCUGUCUCUGUGUUCGUCUGUAUUUGUCUGUAUGUCUCUUUGUCCGUCUGUAUUUGUCUGUCUCUGUGUCCGUCUGUAUUUGUCUGUCUGUCUCUGUGUCCGUCUAUAUUUGUCUGUCUGUCAGUCUCUGUGUCACGUCAAGGUGAUUCACUAAAGUACAAAAUUGUCAGAAAUGAAAAGUGAAAUUCGAAUUAAGGAUUAAAGAGCUGAAUAGAAAACUUGAAAUUUGUAGAAUUUCUUGUGAUAUGGUUAGUAUGCUGUAACUACAUUAAUUUAGAAUUCACGUUUCACCCUUUAGAGUAUAACUCUGCCUGCAUGUGCUCUGUGUUACUGUGUAUAUAAUCUAUACUCCCUGUAUUCAAAUAUUCAUGGUAUAAUAAACAUUAUUUUUUAUAAUAUAAUACAUAUGUGUUUUCCCUAGAUUCUCCUGUUAUCAUUGGUAUACCAUACCUAUAUGAGCUUCGGGAAUCCAUCUAAAGGCUUAACAAAAAGCCUCCACAAAGCCAAGAGUAAGGUCUAUCUAUCGAUCUAUCUAUCUCUAUCUAUCUCUCUAUCUGUCUAUCUAUCUAUCUAGUAUCUAUCUAUCGAUCUAUACAGUAUCUAUCUAUUUAUCUUUCGAUCUAUACAGUAUCUAUCUAUCUAUUUAUACACUAUCUAUAUAGUAUCUAUCUAUCAUUGUAGAGCGCUGCGGAAUUUGAUGGCGCUAUAUAAAUAACAUAAUAAUAAUAAUAUCUAUCCAUCUGUCAGUAUCUAUCUGUCUCUCUCUCUCUCGGUCUCUCUCUCUCUCUCUCGUAUCUAUCUAUCGAGCUAUACAGUAUCUAUCUAUUUAUCUUUCGAUCUAUACAGUAUCUAUCUAUUUAUACACUAUCUAUCUAUAUAGUAUAUAUCUAUCUAUCAUUGUAGAGCGCUGCGGAAUUUGAUGGCGCUAUAUAAAUAACAUAAUAAUAAUAUCUAUCCAUCUGUCAGUAUCUAUCUGUCUCUCUCUCUCUGUCUCUCUCUCUCUCUCGUAUCUAUCUAGUAUCUAUCUAUCGAGCUAUACAGUAUCUAUCUAUUUAUCUUUCGAUCUAUACAGUAUCUAUCUAUCUAUUUAUACACUAUCUAUCUAUAUAGUAUAUAUCUAUCUAUCAUUGUAGAGCGCUGCGGAAUUUGAUGGCGCUAUAUAAAUAACAUAAUAAUAAUAUCUAUCCAUCUGUCAGUAUCUAUCUGUCUCUCUCUCUCUGUCUCUCUCUCUCUCUCGUAUCUAUCUAGUAUCUAUCUAUCGAGCUAUACAGUAUCUAUCUAUUUAUCUUUCGAUCUAUACAGUAUCUAUCUAUCUAUUUAUACACUAUCUAUCUAUAUAGUAUAUAUCUAUCUAUCAUUGUAGAGCGCUGCGGAAUUUGAUGGCGCUAUAUAAAUAACAUAAUAAUAUCUAUCUAUUUAUACAGUAUCUAUCUAUCUAUCUAUCUCUAUUUAUCUCUGUCUCUACCUAUCUUACAAUAUUUGUAGAAUCUAUAGUAAAUCUGGAUACACUUUAUAAAUUAAUAAAUAUGCAAAUCAUAUAUUUUAUACAAGACUAGCAUGUGAAAAUUACAAAUUUUAGAGCAGACACUGAAUGGAAUCUUAUGAGAUAUACAUAUUCAGUUGAAAUUACUAAAUGUCCUUCUGCCUUUUGUAAAUCUGAGAAUUGUAAAUUUGGUUAGAAUCCAGUUGUUUUAACCAAGUUUUAUGUUUUAAUGCCAUAGGCCUGUAUUUGUGAGAGGAGUUUGAAUCUAUCUUAUGCUAUACAAAUUCCCACUACCCUCUUACCUGGGCUGUUCUCGUUCAGGUGAUACGUUACCUUGGUUACCACGUGGUCUUCCGGUUCAGCUCUUUCUGCCAAAAUAUUUCCCUGUACUUGCCUUCAUGCACGAAAUCCAACCGCUCCGGGCUACCAGCUUACUUCAAACUGCAUCAGAGCCACAUUGCCGGUCCGCUUCCGGAUUCCUGUCUCGUGGUCUUAGCAGGUAGCGCAAGGCUGUCUCCCGAACGCCCCCAGCUGGUGUUCGUACUAUUUUGUAUUCGUACCUACAGUGUACGGUGCAUCAUAGGAGCUGUUGUGCCCUUCGUGGUGUUCGUGGAAACCAGGUUUCAUAUAAAUUAUUAUGUUUCGUACACAUGCUAACCAACCGAACGUUCGCAUAAACAUUCCAUUUGCAUGAGUAUAUUUUGUUUAACACUUAGACGUUACAUUUCGGAUGUUUCUCAAGCCACUACGCAUUCGCAUGAAUUUCAGUUAGUCAUGUUUUGUUGAAUAGUAUUUCAGUUGUUCUCCUGGAUUUUCGAGAGUUUGAGCCCUUAGCAAUGUUACAGAGACCGUUCACUGAAAUAUUAACCAUUUCAGUACUUUCAUGUCAUUUAACUACUUCCUAAUCUAUAGUUCAGUUAUCAUGAUAUUCAUUUCACAUAAAUUCACAUAUGUUGCUCGCUUAAAUCUAGGAUUUAGCAAAUUACUCCCUUUCUCUAUUUUAUGGGUCUAUCUACUAAAAUGGGGUUCGGACUGAUAAUAGUUACAUACAGGUGAUACUCGAAAAAUUUGAAUAUCAGGGAGUAUACACCUUUAAAAAGAAUUUAUGAAAUUAUUGAAAAUAGAAAGCAAAAAGUGGGCGAUAGUACAAUUCCCCUACCAAAAAAGGUGUCAGAAGAAUGCUUCUCCCAGGAAGCAGGAACAUUUUUUGAAUAGAGAUCUAUGAGGAAAAGUAAAACAUAUAUAUAUAUAUGAGUAUAAUAAUAAUAAUAAUACGAGGGAUAAUUAUACAAUAUAUAUAUUAAGGGAGCUGGAAAUACACUGUAUCCUCUAAUAUCAGGAAAUACAGAAAGGAUUCUAAACAGGAAUUGAAAUAACAUGAAAUAAAGGAACGUAUACAGGUGAUACUUGAAAAAUUAGAACAUUGUGCAAAAGUUAAUUUAUUUCAGUAAUGCAACGUAAAAGGGGAAACUAAUAUAUGAGAUAGACGCAUUACAUGCAAAGCAAGAUAGUUCAAGCCGUGAUUUGUCAUAAGUACGAUGAUUAUGGCUUACAGCUCAUGAAAACCCCAAAUCCUCCCUGGCAUGUUACCCCCGACCUGCAUAUUACCUAAUCAAUUCAAUAUAUUUGCAGCUCCCCAAUCCAGUGUUAAGGAUCGCUGGUACCCCUUGGACUGCCAAGAUGUUUGGAAAAGAGGCUUCCUAUCUGGAGAGUAUACCAUAUACCCAGAAGGUUCCUAUAAUCCUUUGCCUGUGUACUGCGAUAUUACAUCCAACCGGAGAGUUUGGACGGUAAGAAAGUGGGACUCAAAAUGGAUGGGGAAUUUCUGGGAUUGGUUAGGCCAGAGGUUCACAACCCAGUUGGUAAACCACACCAACCGUCCACAACAUUUGCCAGUUCAUUGACAAAUCAUGUACUGUUUUUGUUCCCUGAGAACCAUUGGUAGGCUUUAAUUCCCAUUUAAUCAUAGAAUGGAAUUAGCAUAUUUAGGCUUUUCUCUUCUUCAGGUAUUUCAGAAUCGUUUUGAUGGGUCAGUGGAUUUCAACCAAAACUGGCAGACUUAUAAGAAGGGUUUCGGAAAUGCAAAUGGAGAAUACUGGUUGGGUAAGGGUCGCACUUUUCCCAUAUUCCAUGAUUUACUGAAUUACAUUAGUUUUGGUAAUUGACUUUAAACAUUUCUGGUGUUAAAGGAACACUCUGGGUCCCAUAAUGACCAUUUGAAGUCAUUAUGAUGUCUGGAGGUCCUGUACGCUAUUUUACCUUAUGAGGCUAAACCAUUUUCAAAUGGUUUAACUCCAAAGUCCCCUAGAUGGUGCCUGUACGCUCAGCCUCUUCUCCCAGCCCACAGUCCAGUGAAGAGGAUUUUCCCCUUUAGGUGCCGGUGAUGGAGAUCCUCUUAGGGUGCUCUUAGCCUAUCACUGGACAUCCAUUGACAGAAAUGCUUUGAAAAGGUACCUUUCUAAAGCAAUUCUCUCAUUGGGCGGCUUUUGAUAGUCAGCACCACAGAGAAAAACUUCUGCAUUGGAGCCGAGGGUGUAGAAGGCAGAUGAGCUGAACAGACGGUGCUAUGGAGAGAACAGUGGGGUUAAACUGUUCAAAAAUGUUUUAAUCCCAUAACGGAUGAUAGCACCCAGGACCUCCAGACCUCAAAACAACAUCAAUGAGAUGACAUUUGUUUGGGUUCUAAAGUGGUCCUUUAAAUAUUAAGGAAAUAUUUGACUCACCUGUAUUGAAGCAGGAAGUUGUAAAGUGAUGACUUUCUGUAUCUGUGUAACCAGAGAGUAUGCCCAUAGUUAUAAAGUCACUUUACCUAGGAUAUCCCUGACAAUACAAUGAUUGUACCUGCGUUACUCUAGUCUUCCAGAUAGUUGAAGUCCAGGGACAUAAAAAAGAAGAAAAGAGUUCCAAUAGUGCAAUAUGUUUAAAAUAUAUUUAAAGCUUAGGUGAAAGGAAAUCCAAAUUGGCCUACUCACAUGUGAUAGCGCUUAAAACCAGCUCUAGUGUGAAGCACUUGCAGUGGUAUUAUUCCCCCACUUCAGGGAUAUGAUGGAAGAUAUAGGCCAGUACGCAUCUUGUGGGCAGGAUAUGUAAAAAAAAGUACAACAGAUAGUGCUCUCUGUAUAAAAUAUAUAUAGCCAGGAGAAGAAAUAAAUGGAUAAUACUCACAUUUACCUGAGCAGAUAACCCGCUCAGGGCCAUCAGCGUAGGUGGUAUAAUCCCCAACAGGGAUACUUUGUGAGGUCCUCGCUGGGAACAUAAAAACUUGAUGCCAGGUAAUAAAUAAUAAUAAUAAAAAUAAAAAAAAAAAGAAGAAAAGUUAUAUGGUACUAAUAUUGGUAGUAAAAGAUAACAAAACCUUUAAUAAGACAUUAGUGAUGAUAACAUAAGUCCACAACGCGUUUCACCCACAAAUGGCUUUUUCAGGUGGUAAUCAAGCACAUACCUGGCAAGUACGAACUUAUAUAGGGUAAAAUACAUACAAAAUUUGAAUUUGGCGGUAAAAUUAUGUCAUGGUCACAUGGUCGCAACCAUGAUAUUACAUAUGUACAUUUAAAAUAGUAAAAUUACAUAACAUGUUAAAAUAUGCAUCAAGCUUUGUUCAUAGUGACUGUAGCGGAUGGCACUGGGCUGUCCUGAGAAUUAUAUAUGUUUGAAUGCAUUCGUGUAAAAUGGCAAAGUUAUAUGUGUUAAAUGUAUUGUAUUCGUCUGAAUGUUAGGUAGUUUCAUUCCCUUAGUUUGUUCGAAUGAAACUACCGAACAGUCAGACCUCCCCUGUGUGAAGUGUGCCUUCAAUUAUCCGUUGCAACAUUGUUGCGAACGGGUAAUUGACAAGCUGAGUAGCCGUCCUUUGUUCUCGGGGGUGACCGCCAUUCGGGAAAUUAACACGUGGCGGCGGCCAUUUUAAAAACCCCGGCCAGCGGUGUUUUGCCGUCGAGUGUCUGGAACUCAAAUCGGACACUCGACUAGGCGAACACCGCUGAGACCUCCACAAGCCCGGUCCGUUAGGUUCCAAACUACCGAACGACCCUUCGUUCGGUAGAUAGAAACAACCGAACGAGGGGAUUCAGGCGAAUCCUCCCUAGUCUCUGUAGCUAGAGGCUUUCGUGCAGUUUAUUCCCUUACUCCAGGACCGACCGCAGGGCCCCAUCGCAUGGAACCCCAUUCGGCUGUUCUCUCCAGUGCGGUCAGUCAUUUUAUUCCCUCCAUAAAUUUCCCAAACCCCUGGUCUGAUCUGGGUGAUUUUUGGAUAUGUUGUUCACCCAGAUCAGGGCUACCAGGGGAUGUAUAAUUUAAAGUGGUACCCCUAGGUUUAGGGGUACAUCCAGAAAUGGGGGGAAUUGGUGUCCUGGAUAAGGGGAUUAUGAUGCAGGAGGAGGAUGAGGGGAGGAGAUGUGUGGGAGGUUACCAGAGCAGGAUUGGCUACUGUACAAAUUAAUGGAAAUCCCUCCCUUGCAUGGGAGCAGGCUUUAUAAAGCCACUGUGUGAAUAAAUCUUUAGUUCUGCUCCUGAUACUGUGUGUCGUCCAGUUAUUGGGAUUGCUGUUGGGAUACUGCUGUGUUAUUUUGCCUGCUGGAUACUUUAACCUAUGGAUUUAUAAUUGCUUGUUCCUGAACCUCCCUGGGAUCUAAAGUGGAGAUAGGCUGUGUAAUACCAGCUCUCCGCUACAGUGACUAUUAUAAUAAGAAAAUGUAAAACCUUAAAAAAUGGUAACGAUCGAAAAUGGGCGUUACCGAAGAAGUGACGUCACUUAUGGGCGUCUAAUAGAUGGGAAACUUGGGAAAUGUAGUGAAAAGGGACAGGGGGUGGGACGCUUCUUGCGUCAUAGCCUGCUAUAAACGGACGUGAGCGUGAUAGGAAGGGAAUAGGAAGAUAAUAUAUUAAGAUAUAUUAUGCCAAGAUUGUGAUAUAAAGGAAACGAGCGAAAAGCACAGUAGUGACGAAAGAAGGUGAUGCAGAGGGUCACAUGAACAAUCUCGGCUUAAUUACUGAUGAGGAUAGAAUUUGUGAAUGGCAGAGAGGGGAGGUGCUAGAAAACUAUAAUGCUGUAUUAGCAUGGCAAACCCGUGUAGUACAUACUGUGACCCUUGUUUGCAGGUAGCACAGUCCUCUAGGGUAAACAAUAGGCACAGUCCUUGUAAUUGCAUAUACUCCAGGCACUUUAUUUGCAAAUCCACACAGGAUACAGCAGCAAAUGAAAACAAAUGUAACAGGUUUCCCUUUAAACAAAAACCUAGCUCGUCUGAGCACUGACUCACUUUGAAUAACCCUCUCUAUCAGGGUUAAACUAACAAAACAUACUGCACCAACCUUAUUAGUUAGCAACACUCUGCUAGCUAGCCUGUUGCUUUUCUUUCUCCGCUCCAAGCCAGCCUUGCCCUGACUGCUUUCCUUUCUGCACUCCUAGUGCUACAAGACAUCCUUGACUGCUUCCUCCUGCACUCCCAGUGCUCCAAGCCAGCCUUGACUGCUUCCUCCUGCACUCCCAGUGCUCCAAGCCAGCCUUGACUGCUUCCUUUCUGCACUCCCAGUACCUAGUCUCCUUGACUCUCUAUCUGGAGAGAACAGCCUCUCUCCCACCUGCUUCCUGGGAUGAAGCCAGCAAUCCCUCUCCUUUUCCUGCCUAGCUGGGAGGGGUUUAUUCCCACUGCAACAGCUCAUUAACUGCAGCUGAGCAGUGGGUUGGAGACGGUCAAAAAAACCCUGGCUUGGAUCUAUGUCUCCCCAGAAAACCACUAAACUGUGGAGUGGAGCAUUGGCCCACCCUUCUCUCCAAAUGCUCCACCCCAGGGGCCCAUAACUAAACAAUGCUUUGUGUUGUGCAACACACAAACUACACGUACUUCCCCUGGGGUUAAAAGGCCUAUCUGCCUUCACUUUAUCACAAUACAAACUAACUAUUCACUCAGGGGGAGGGAAAGUGAAAGUGUAUACAGAGAUAUAUGGGGAAGUGAGUGAAAAUGAAAAUGUAAAUUAUCGAAAAGGAAAAUGAAAGUGAUACCUCUAAGGUGAGGUAGUGAAAAAAAGGAUAGUACAGUAAAAUACAAAACGCUAAUAAGAAAAAACUAAUGAAUAGUAUACACUAUACGGACAAUGAAGAAAUAGUUAUAUUAAAGAGAAAAAUGAAUAAUAGUAAUAAUAACUAGAAGAAUAAACAAGAAAUGUCAGAGUAAAUCUGUAUGAGUAAUAAAGGAUCACUAUAGUGUCAGGAAUACAAAGCGUUUUUCCUGACACUAUAGUGCCCUGAGGGUGCCCCCACCCUCAGAGUCCCCCUCCUGUGGUUAAAACCCACUUACCUUAAUCCAGCGCCGGGCUCCCUCGGCGCUGGUGACCUCUCCUCCCCCACCGUCAGCUCCCCCGUCUGACGUCAGCGGAACCGAAUGCACAUGCGCGGCAAAUGCCGCGCGCAUUCAAAGUGUCCAUAGGAAAGCAUUUCUCAAUGCUUUCCUAUGGACACUCUGCGUGAUGAAGGCGAAAUUCGGAAGACAGCCACUAGAGGCUGAAUUAACCCCAAAUGUAACUUCUCUGAAACUGCUAUGUUUGCAUCUGAAGGGUUAAAACCUGAGGGACCUGGCACCCAGACCACUUCAUUGAGCUGAAGUAGUCUGGGUGACUAUGAUGUCCCUUUAAUAAAUAACAAUUGAAGAUAAAACAAAAGACACGUUGCAAAGUUCAUAAAAAGUUAAAAAGAUGGAAAUCUGCAUUGAGAUCUUCUGGGGUUAAAGUUCUUAAAUUAAAAACCCAUUCCACCUCCUUUUUACCUAGACGGUUACAGAUAUUGCCUCCUCUCCAUGGAAUGUUACAUUUUUGGACACCCAUGAAUUUUAAAAAUUGUGGGUUGUUAUGGUGCUUACAAAAGUGUUUGGAGACCGUAUGAUUUUCAUACCCUUUAGUGAUAUUGCGACAAUGUUUAGCUAUUCUAAUUUUGAGAAAUCUGGAAGUCAUGCCCACGUAUUGAAGUCCACAUGGGCAUUCCAACAUAUAUAUAUAUAACAUUUUUAGUGUCAAGCGUGAUAAAAUCUUUUAUUGUGUAAGUCUUUUUAGUGAUGUUGGAGGUAAAAUGAGUGGUUUUAGCAGUUACUGUAUUAUUGGUAGUUCUACAGACGAUGCAUUUUUUACAUUUAAAAAAACCUUUGAAGUCGGAUCUUGUAGAUUUCUUUUUAAUAUUAGUGGAUCGAGAAAAAUUAUUAGUUAAGAUAGACUUAAAAUUGGGGGCUCCUCUGAAUAUAAUGUUAGGCUUAUUAGGGAUAAUCGUCUUCAAUAUGUCGUCCUGUUAUAAAAUAUGCCAAUGCUUAUUAAUAAUCUUUUUUACUUCUUUAUUUUUACUGUUAAAGUAAAAAAAUAAUAGGUAUAGAUGGAGCAUCUUUAUUUUUAUCCUUAUAGGUUAGAAGUGAAUUUCUAUGUUGGGUCUUUAUCUGAUCAAUGACUGUAUUAAGAUCAUGUUCUGGAUAGUCUUUCUCAACAAAUUGGUCUUUUAAAACUGAGGAUUGCCUUUCGAAGUCUUCAAGUUUAGAGUAAUAUCUCCUAAGUCUUAAGAACUGGCUCUUCGGGGCGCUAUCCAGCCAUGGUUUGUAGUGGCAACUAUGUCUGUUGAUAACAGUAUUUGUACACACUUCUUUAAAAAAGGUGCGAGUAUUAUUAUUUUUAUUUUAAAAGUGUGAAUAAAAAGCAAUUUGUUGAGAAAGACUAUCCGACGGGAAGGGGUUAAAUAUUUUUAUUAGUGAUAUUGCAGAAGGUCUUGAUGGUAAGGUAUGUCUUUUUGUCUUGAUACUAAGAUAUGUAACAGGGUUGAUGUUCCGGGAGGGAUAAGCCAAAUGGCAAAUGAUUUAGGUAAACCAGAAAAAUGGCCAGAGUUGUGGCAACCAGGGCCGCCAUCAGGGGGUGACAACGAUGAUGGUUGUCACGGGUCCGGCGGCCCACAUUCCCUCCCUGCACAUUUAUAUAGCUAUGAUCGCUAUAUAUGUGUGCAGCUGCGGGCCCCACCCCGGCUCUCUAUUUAGGGAGGGGGAGAUUCCAUCCCUGGUGGUCCGGUGGUAUUGCUGCAUCCACUAAACACAUUGCAUCUAUUACACACAAACACUACAUCCAUUGCACAAACACACUCUGCGUUCACUAUACACACUGCAUCUGCUACACAAACACACACUCUGCAUUCACUGCACAAACAAUAUCCAAUACACACAAACACUACAACCAUUACACACUUUCUAAUUCACUUCCACUAUACACACCACAUUCAGUCCUGCAUCAUUGUCAGCGAACUAGGUAGGAGUCCUGUGGGUGGACUCAUGGGCGGGGGGGAGGAGAGGGUAGAUCUUGUGCUUUGUCAGGGGCCACAAAAUUUCUGGUGGCAGCCCUGGUGGAAACUGACAUUUAAUGUGGAUAAGUGCAAGAUAAUGCAUCUUGGACGUAAAAACCCAAGGGCAGAGUACAGAAUAUUUGAUAGAGUCCUAACCUCAACAUAUGAGGAUAGGGAUUUAGGGGUGAUUAUUUCUGAUGACUUAAAGGUAGGCAGACAAUGUAAUAGAGCAGCAGGAAAUGCUAGCAGAAUGCUUGGUUGUAUAGGGAGAGGUAUUAGCAGUAGAAAGAGGGAAGUGCUCAUACCAUUGUACAGAACACUGGUGUGACGAAAGCAACUUUGCCACUGGUUUUUGGAGGGGCCUGUUUACCACCCUCCUACCCUGUGAUAACCCAUGUUCAAAAGUACUGUUUCUGACCCUUGGACUUUUAACCGAAACAGAUUCAAACAUGUGGUGGCGGCGGCCAUCUUAAAUUGUCCAGCAGUGUUUUGUCGUCGAGUGUAUGGAACUGUUUUGGGCAUGGGACCAUGUGCAUGGUGGGAAAAAAAUAAGACUUCCAGGAAAUUCCCGAACCCCUCAACCGAUCUGGGUGAUUUUUGGAUAUGUUGUUCACCCAGAUCAGGGCUUUGUGGGGAUAUGUUGUCUUUUGGGGUACUUUUUGGGAUUUGUAAAAAGUUAUGUUUUUUCUGCUUAGAGUUAAUUAAGUUAGUCCACUGUCUUCGUUAUCAUUAAUUAUAUCACAGGCAGAGGGGAGGGAUUGUGUACACUGUAUGGGAGUGACUGAAUGUAAAACUAUGCUUUUAUUGACUUGUUGUUCCUGUGUCCCUGUGCCCCACAAGGUCCAUCUGGGUGGUAACCUUGUGGGAAAAACUGUAUAAAAGACCAAGCUGUUCAAUAAACCCCUUGAGAUGUGCUGGGUUUUACCCUCAACAUAGAGUCUCAUCUCAUGUGUGGGGGAAAAAGCUGCGUCUACCCAUGGGAAUUUUAUAUCACUAUCUCCCCAGGGAUUAUAAUCGCUAAACUCUUUUAAGAGCUGUUCCUGCUUGACUCUCUGGAGGAAGAGAGGUUCACCCACUGGAACCUGGAGCCUUGUCGUAGGUCCAGGGUGGGUAGGAGACGGCGGGUUCCCAGCUAAGCUGUAAUGCUGGAAGUGGAGACUGCGGUGCCGAUGGUGUCUGGUGGAGUGCUUGCAGUCCUCGGUGAGCACUAGGGUGUCCGUCGGCGGAGGUACCCAACCGGGAUACAGGAAGCUCCGUUACAACUGGUGAGACCUCACUUGGAGUAUUGUACGCAGUACUGGACACCGUAUCUCCAGAAGGAUAUUGAUACCCUAGAGAGAGUUCAGAGAAGGGCUACUAAACUGGUUCAUGGAUUGCAGGAUAACACUUACCAGGAAAGGUUAAAGGAACUUAACAUGUAUAGCUUGGAGGAAAGACGAGACGGGGGGAUAUAACAGAAACAUUUAAAUACAUAAAGGGAAUCAACACAGUAAAGGAGGAGACUGUAUUUAAAAGAAGAAAAACUACCACAACAAGAGGACAUAGUCUUAAAUUAGAGGGGCAAAGGUUUAAAAAUAAUAUCAGGAAGUAUUACUUUACUGAGAGGGUAGUGGAUGCAUGGAAUAGCCUUCCAGCUGAAGUGGUAGAGGUUAACACAGUAAAGGAGUUUAAGCAUGCGUGGGAUAGGCAUAAGGGUAUCCUAACUAUAAGAUAAGGCCAGGGACUAAUGAAAGUAUUUAGAAAAUUGGGCAGACUAGAUGGCCCGAAUGGUUCUUAUCUACUGUCACAUUCUAUGUUUCUAUGUUAGUUUUGGCAUUAUAUUUUGGCAUAAAAAUAUCUUAAUAUAUUAUCUUCCCCUUCCUAUCACCCUCACGUCCGUUUAUAGCAGGCUAUGACGCAAGAAGCGUCCCACACUCUGUCCCUUAUCACUACACUUCCCAAGUUUCCCAUCUAUUAGACGCCCAUAAGUGACGUCACUCCUUCGGUAACGCCCAUUUUCGAUCGUUACCAUUUUUUAAGGUUUUACAUUUUUGUUUUCUUAUUAUAAUAGUCACUAUGAACAAAGCUUAAUGCAUAUUUUAACAUGUUAUGUAAUUUUACUAUUUUUUACUGUACAUAUGUAAUAUCAUGGUCGCGACCACAUGACCAUGACAUCAUUUUACCACCAAAUUCAAAUUUUGUAUGUAUUUUACCCUAUAUAAGAUUGUACUUGCCAGGUAUGUGCUUGAUUAUCACUUGAAAAAGCCCAUUGUGGGUGGAACGUGUUGUGGACUUAUUUUAUCAUUACUAAUGUCUUAUUAAAGGUUUUGGUAUCAUUUACUACCAAUAUUAGUACCUGUAACGGAUCACCUGGCACCCCGACUGGGUACCUCCAUUGAAGGAUGCUCGUAGCGCUCCCUGAGAACUCCAAGCACUGCAGCAGACACCACAACCACCAAACUGGAGAAGCAUAUGAAUGCUCUCAAGCAUAUGAAUGCUGUAAACAGCCGAACAGGAAAAGCAUACAAUCAGCUUACACUCCUGGCAAUCAGCAUACAAUCAAAUUCCCCCAAUAACGAGACAACACUUAGUUUUGAGGUCAAGCAGAGCUGCCUGUACUGGCACAUACAGCCUCUUUUAUUCACAAUCCACAAACAUAGCACCGCCCACAGGGUUUUGAAAUACAACUAAUCAAUCCGUACAAUACACACAGACACUCCCACACAAAAUCCUCCCCUCUGCCUGUGAUUUGAUUACUGAACACAAUGGUUAAUAUAAUUAUCACAGGCAGAGAAAUACAGUAUUAUAAAACAUAUCACAGGAAUCCCAAAACAUGCAAUAACCCCAUAAAAGUAUAUCCUCGGAACCGGGGAAUCUGGGUGAACCACAUAUCCAAAAUUCACCCAGAUCCGUUCAGUAGUUUGGAAGAUAAAGUUUAAUGCAGAUUCCGCAGAACAUAUACACGCUAUAUGAAAAAUAAUUACUGUGUAAUGUGUUGUAUAGUUUAAAACUACUGCACAAUGUCUUUGUGCAAUUAAAUACCGGCGAGAUGGCACCGUGUAGAAAAGUCCAAACAGUGUCUGUGAGUUAAAAUGGCCGCCAUCCAUUGUUCUCACCAUGUGCUUAAUCCAUUGUUCUCACCAUGUGCCUCUGAUACAUGAAAUGGUGGCCACCCAGUAACUCCACAGUUUGUCUGGUAGUCUAUCCAGCCGGACCAACAGAUGAAACACAUGGGGAACAGUGCAACAAACAAAGAGAAUCAUAAAAAAUAUGGACAACAGUCAUAUUUGUGCACAAUCUCCAGUUUUGUCACAGGGCACAAAUAGUGUUUUCAAAUGCCAUAUAUCCCAGGGCCAUAGGAGGCGGGCAAGAACACGUGGCGAGGUCUGUUCUGCCACAGUACCAUAUAACAUUUCUUCUUUUUUUUUUAUUAUUAUUAUUUAUUACCUGGCAUCAAGUUUUUUUCUUCCCAGCGAUGACUUCACAAAGUAUCCCUGGUGGGGAUUAUACCACCUACGCUGAUUACACUGAGCAGGUUAUCUGCUCAGGUAAAUGUGAGUAUUAUCCAUUUAUUUCUUCUCCUGGCUAUAUAUAUUUUAUACAGAGAGCACUAUACAUUGUACCUUUGUUUGUAUUUUUACAUAUCCUGCCCACAAGAUGCGUACUGGCCUAUAUCUUCCAUCAUAUCACUGAAGUGGGGGAAUAAUACCACUGCAAGCGCUUCACACUAGAGCUGGUUUUACGCUCUAUCACAUGUGAGUAGGCCAGUUUGGAUUUCCUUUUACCUAAGCUUUUAAUAUAUUUUAAACAUAUAGCACUAACUAUUGGAACUCUUUUCUUCUUUUUUAUGUACCUGGACUUCAACUAUCUGGAAGACAUAUUUACCUGGAGAUAAAGGCAAACUCUUAUAGGCUUAUCUAUACGUUUAUACCUCAUUUUGGACUUUUUUGGCUUGUCCGUUUUUAUGCAUAUAUGAUUUUAUAUCAUUUUACUGACCACGUAUUAUCUGUUUCACUUCAGUUGUCUUGUUGAGUACUGAUUUAUCCCUAACCCCCUGGCGCACUAUUGUUUUGUAUUGUUAUUUGUCCUUAUUGGGUUUUUAGGAGAGACUUACCCAUUUAGGUGUGCUGCCUCCCCUUCCUCUGACUUAGCGCUAUUCCACCCCUUGUUUUUGCAUUACUCCAAUGAUGGCUGUGUAUUAUUCUGAGUAUUAUACCAAUGAUGGCAGUGUAUUAUUCGGGGUAUUACUCCAAUUAUGGCAGUGUAUUAUUCUGGGUAUUACUCCAAUGAUGGCAGUGUAUUAUUCUGAGUAUUACUCUAAUAGAGGCUGUGUAUUACCCCAAUGAUGGCACUGUAUUAUUCUGGGUGUUACUCCAAUGAUGGAUGUGUAUUAUUGUGAGUAUUAUACCAAUGAUGGCAGUGUAUUAUUCAGGGUAUUACUCCAAUUAUGGCAGUGUAUUAUUCUGGGUAUUACUCCAAUGAUGGCAGUGUAUUAUUCUGGGUAUUACUCCAAUGAUGGCUGUGUAUUAUUCUGAGUAUUAUACCAAUGAUGGCAGUGUAUUAUUGGGGUAUUACUCCAAUUAUGGCAGUGUAUUAUUCUGGGUAUUACCCCAAUGAUGGCAGUGUAUUAUUCUGGGUAUUACUCCUAUGAUGGCAGUGUAUUAUUCUGAGUAUUACUCUAAUAGAGGCUGUGUAUUACCCCAAUGAUGGCACUGUAUUAUUCUGGGUGUUACUCCAAUGAUGGCAGUGUAUUAUUCUGAGUAUUACUCUAAUAGAGGCUGUGUAUUACUCCAAUGAUGGCAGUGUAUUAUUCUGGGAAUUACUCCAAUGAUGGCAGUGUAUUAUUCUGAGUAUUACUCUAAUAGAGGCUGUGUAUUACUCCAAUGAUGGCAGUGUAUUAUUCUGGGUAUUACUCCAAUGAUGGCAGUGUAUUAUUCUGAAUAUUACUCUAAUAUAGGCAGUGUAUUAUUCUGGGUGUUACUCAAAUGAUGGCAGUGUAUUAUUCUGAGCAUUACUCCAAUGAUGGCAGUGUAUUAUUCUGGGUAUUACUCCAAUGAUGGCAAUGUAUUAUUUUGGGUAUUACUCCAAUGAUGGCAGUGUAUUAGUCUGGGUAUUACUCCAAUGAUGGCAGUGUAUAUUUCUGAAUAUUACUCUAUUAUAGGCAGUGUAUUAUUCUGGGUAUUACUCCAAUGAUGGCAGUGUAUUAUUCUGACUAUUACUCCAACGAUGGCAGUGUAUUAUUCUGAAUAUUACUCUAAUAUAGGCAGUGUAUUAUUCUGGGUGUUACUUCAAUGAUGGCAAUGUAUUAUUCUGGGUAUUACUCCAAUGAUGGCAGUGUAUUAUUCUGAAUAUUACUCUAAUAUAGGCUGUGUAUUACUCCAAUGGUGGCAUUGUAUUAUUUUGGGUAUUACUCCAAUGAUGGCAGUGUAUUAUUCUGAAUAUUACUCUAAUAUAGGCAGUGUAUUGUUCUGGGUAUUACUCCAAUGAUGGCAGUGUAUUAUUCUGGGUAUUGCUCUAAUAUAGGCAGUGUAUUAUUCUGGGUAUUACUCUAAUAGAGGCUGUGUAUUACUCCAAUGAUGGCAGUGUAUUAUUUUGAGUAUUGCUCUAAUAUAGGUUGUGUAUUAUUCUGGGUAUUACUCCAAUGAUGGCAGUGUAUUAUUCUGGGUAUUACUCUAAUAGAGGCUGUGUAUUACUCCAAUGAUGACAAUGUAUUAUUCUGGGUAUUACUCCAAUGAUGGCAGUGUAUUAUUCUGGGUAUUACUCCAAUGAUGGCAGUGUAUUAUUCUGAGUAUUACUCAAUUAGAGGCUGUGUAUUACUCCAAUAUAGGCUGUAUAUUACUCCAAUAAUGGCAGUGUAUUAUUCUGGGUAUUACUCCUAUGAUGGCAGUGUAUUAUUCUGAGCAUUUUUCUAAUAUAGGCAGUGUAUUAUUUUGGGUAUUACUCGAAUGAUGGCAGUGUAUUAUUCUGGGUAUUGCUCUAAUAUAGGCUGUGUAUUAUUCUGGGUAUUACUCCAAUGAUGGCAGUGUAUUAUUCUGGGUAUUGCUCUAAUAUAGGCAGUGUAUUAUUCUGGGUAUAUCUCUAAUAGAGGCUGUGUAUUACUCCAAUGAUGGCAGUGUAUUAUUUUGAGUAUUGCUCUAAUAUAGGUUGUGUAUUAUUCUGGGUAUUACUCCAAUGAUGGCAGUGUAUUAUUCUGGGUAUUACUCUAAUAGAGGCUGUGUAUUACUCCAAUGAUGACAAUGUAUUAUUCUGGGUAUUACUCCAAUGAUGGCAGUGUAUUAUUCUGGGUAUUACUCCAAUGAUGGCAGUGUAUUAUUCUGAGUAUUACUCAAUUAGAGGCUGUGUAUUACUCCAAUAUAGGCUGUAUAUUACUCCAAUAAUGGCAGUGUAUUAUUCUGGGUAUUACUCCUAUGAUGGCAGUGUAUUAUUCUGAGCAUUUUUCUAAUAUAGGCAGUGUAUUAUUUUGGGUAUUACUCGAAUGAUGGCAGUGUAUUAUUCUGGGUAUUGCUCUAAUAUAGGCUGUGUAUUAUUCUGGGUAUUACUCCAAUGAUGGCAGUGUAUUAUUCUGGGUAUUGCUCUAAUAUAGGCAGUGUAUUAUUCUGGGUAUAUCUCUAAUAGAGGCUGUGUAUUACUCCAAUGAUGGCAGUGUAUUAUUUUGAGUAUUGCUCUAAUAUAGGUUGUGUAUUAUUCUGGGUAUUACUCCAAUGAUGGCAGUGUAUUAUUCUGGGUAUUACUCUAAUAGAGGCUGUGUAUUACUCCAAUGAUGACAAUGCAUUAUUCUGGGUAUUACUCCAAUGAUGGCAGUGUAUUAUUCUGAAUAUUACUCUAAUAUAGGCAGUGUAUUAUUCUGGGUAUUACUCCAAUGAUGGCAGUGUAUUAUUCUGUGUAUUACUCUAAUCUAGGCAGUGUAUUAUUCUGGGUAUUACUCCAAUGAUGGCAGUGUAUUAUUCUAAAUAUUACUCUAAUAUAGGCAGUGUAUUAUUCUGGGUGUUACUCCAAUGAUGGCAGUGCAUUAUUCGGAAUAUUACUCUAAUAUAGGCAGUGUAUUAUUCUGUCUAUUACUCCAGUAAUGGCAGUGUAUUAUUCUGGGUAUUACUCCAAUGAUGGCAGUGUAUUAUUCUGAGUAUUACUCUAAUAGAGGCUGUGUAUUACUCCAAUAUAGGCUGUGUGUUACUCCAAUGAUGGCAGUGUAUUAUUCUGAGUAUUGCUCUAAUAUAGGCUGUGUAUUAUUCUGGGUAUUACUCCAAUGAUGGCAGUGUAUUAUUCUGAGUAUUACUCUAAUGAUGGCAGUGUAUUAUUCUGAGUAUUACUCCAAUGAUGGCAGUGUAUUACUCUAAUAUAGGCUGUGUAUUACUCCAAUGAUGGCAGUGUAUUAUUCUGGGUAUUACUCUAAUAGAGGCUGUGUAUUACUCCAGUGAUGGCAGUAUAUUAUUCUGGGUAUCACUCCUAUGAUGGCAGUGUAUUAUUCUGAGUAUUACUCUAAUAGAGGCUGUGAAUUAUUCCAAUGAUGGCUGUGUAUUAUUCUGGGUAUUACUCCAAUGAUGGCAGUGUAUUAUUCUGAGUAUUACUCUAAUAGAGGCUGUGUAUUACUCCAAUAUAGGCUGUGUGUUACUCCAAUGAUGGCAGUGUAUUAUUCUGAGUAUUGCUCUAAUAUAGGCUGUGUAUUAUUCUGGGUAUUACUCCAAUGAUGGCAGUGUAUUAUUCUGAGUAUUACUCUAAUGAUGGCAGUGUAUUAUUCUGAGUAUUACUCCAAUGAUGGCAGUGUAUUACUCUAAUAUAGGCUGUGUAUUACUCCAAUGAUGGCAGUGUAUUAUUCUGGGUAUUACUCUAAUAGAGGCUGUGUAUUACUCCAGUGAUGGCAGUGUAUUAUUCUGGGUAUCACUCCUAUGAUGGCAGUGUAUUAUUCUGAGUAUUACUCUAAUAGAGGCUGUGAAUUAUUCCAAUGAUGGCUGUGUAUUAUUCUGGGUAUUACUCCAAUGAUGGCAGUGUAUUAUUCUGAGUAUUACUCUAAUAGAGGCUGUGUAUUACUCCAAUAUAGGCUGUGUGUUACUCCAAUGAUGGCAGUGUAUUAUUCUGAGUAUUGCUCUAAUAUAGGCUGUGUAUUAUUCUGGGUAUUACUCCAAUGAUGGCAGUGUAUUAUUCUGAGUAUUACUCUAAUGAUGGCAGUGUAUUAUUCUGAGUAUUACUCCAAUGAUGGCAGUGUAUUACUCUAAUAUAGGCUGUGUAUUACUCCAAUGAUGGCAGUGUAUUAUUCUGGGUAUUACUCUAAUAGAGGCUGUGUAUUACUCCAGUGAUGGCAGUGUAUUAUUCUGGGUAUCACUCCUAUGAUGGCAGUGUAUUAUUCUGAGUAUUACUCUAAUAGAGGCUGUGAAUUAUUCCAAUGAUGGCUGUGUAUUAUUCUGGGUAUUACUCCAAUGAUGGCAGUGUAUUAUUCUGAGUAUUACUCUAAUAGAGGCUGUGCAUUACCAUCAGUACAGGUUUGCAGAAUAUUUACCGGCUGACGAUGCAAGGGCGGUAUGAGCUAAUGUUGGAGAUGGAGAACAUGAAUGGAUUGAGAGUAUACGCUCAGUAUCAAAAUUUCAGCCUCUCGCCCCAUGCCCUGAAUGCAGAGAGCGAUGGAUACAAGCUACAUGUCGAUGGUUUCAUAGACGGAGGAGCAGGUAAAUAGGAAAUGACCUUGCCAUAGACAUGUUACGGACGCUAGGCUUCCCCUAAAACACAUUCCCCAUGACAACUUGUGUAAUACUUGCGACAACAUGGUGACAGCCAAGUAUAGGCUAAUACUAAGAGCAUUACUCAACACACAGGCUUUUAAUGCUUACUGAAUGAAUAGUAAACUCCAUACCAUCUCUUACAUGUCAAACAGACACACUGUUAAGCUAUUUUACAGCACAUUUCAAGAAGUGGUGGCAACUGAUUUGCAAACGAUCAGCUAAAGUAACCACAUUUCCAUUCAACUAAUUUGGAGACAGUAUCUAACUGUAAAUGAAGCCAAUUAUUUGCACCACGGGUGUCAUCUUACCGUGCUCUCUGUAGUAGUAACUUAUAUACACAAAGGAACAGAGUUACAGUGAAAUAGAAUAAAUACAAUGUGUAUAUAUAUUUUGGAGAUUUUUUUAAAUUAGUUGAUUUUUGCCUAAUGGUUUCCAGUUCACUACAAUUAGGCAUUUAGUUAUUAAACCCCAAAACAGCACUUAUACAGUGUUAGAGGGACCACCAAUAUAUCUUUUGCAAAAAAAAAAUAAUUAAAAAGGUUUUCUCCAGGUGAGAGUAAUUCCAUAUGGUGUCACAUGACAAGAAAGAAAUUAGAGUGAGUUCCCACAGCAGUGUUUUUUGUUCUUAAAAGAACUCUCAAACAUUGGGAUAACAAACAAGCUUUCUUAAUGUCAGUGUUACACGGUCUAUUUAGAUUAUGCUCCCCCCAGCCCAAGAAAUAGAAAAAUAAAUACUGAUGGCUGUGUGAGUUAUUAAUGGAUUGAAUGACAGCUAGAGGUGGUCAUAGGAAGCAAUGUAAAUGCACGGUUUGCAGAGACAGGCUCUUUUCACCAUAACCACCACAUUAAGCUGUAGUAGUUCUGGUGCUUAGAGUGUCCCUUUGAAAUCAAUGAAUUAGGAGUUAAUUAUCCAACCUUAAUUUAUUAUUGUUUGUAUUGCAUAUACAAGUUCCUUUGAUUCAUUUUAUUUUUAUAUUGCAGUCUGGCCCACACGUUCUAGACUGCUAUGGGGCACAGAGCAUUCUGACACAUGUUCUCAAUUGCAGGUGACAUACUGAGUGCUCACGUUGGGCAGAUGUUUUCCACGUAUGACAAGGACGAAGAAGAGCAUAUUCAAAACUGCGCAGAGUACUAUGGAGGAGGGUUUUGGUAUGAGUCAUUGGGCUGCGCUAAUACCCCACUCAACGCUCGCUAUAUGUCUGAUGAUAGCGCAGGAACCCAACCAUUUGUUGGUUUCUCCUGGAGCAAUGAUAAUGGCUUACCCCUAAUCCUCAGGAGCAGCCAGAUGAAGAUGAGGAGACUUCAGGGUAAAAACUAGGACUCUGAAAUUCUCGUAGAGUCAACAUGCAUGGAGCACCACUAUGCUAAGAUUGUGAUGAUUUGUAAUGGUUUCCUGCACCUUUACAUUCUAAGUUUUGUUACAUACACAAAUUAAUGAGGGUGGGGUUACAAUGUACAAGAAUCUACUGUUAAUGAAAAUCAAUAAAUUGCUUUUCUGUUGCAAAACCACAGAUUGUCUCACUCAGAACCAAUGUUCUCGAGCUCUUGAGGAGCCACAUCACACGUGGAUGGCAAAACUGUAACCUACAAGAGCUGUUAAACAAACAGAGGUUGUCCCAAUCAUAUACAAAGGGCCACUUUCAAUCGGAGCUCAAACCCCUACUAACACAAGUAGGCGAGGCUUUGUUGACUUGAGCAGAGAAACUUUAAAAUUAUGAGUAUUCUGCUUGAUAAUGUAGAGUCUCCUGAGCUGGGGGGGACAAUGUCCAAUGGUCAGCAAAUUGCUCUGAUUCAUUUCAUGUACUUUGACAGGUUGGUGCAAUUGUUCUCUUACAUGGAAAUCAGCAAAUUGCUCUUUUGGCAAUACCAAAGACUGACCUGCUUAUAAUGCAUAUUCUGCGGCUGGCACUAUUGCUGGCUGCCCUCUCCAUAUAGAACGAGCUGUGUUUCAUCAUUACCCACUGCGAGUUAUAACUGAAAAUAGUGCAAAUAUUAUGCCAUGUUAGAUGUUUUGCAUAACGAGAGAACAUGCGCUGCAGGGAAUUACCAGAGAGAGAGAAUGAUUUUCUCCAGCAAGACAGUUUUUGUUUAAUCCAGUUAUGUGUUUAUUGAGAUCUGAAUGAGCAGAUAAAUGGAAUGACUCCCGUCCCAUCAGGAUACAUGCUGUCUAGGUGUUAAAUGAAAGGACCUCACUGCCACGAUGACCAAAGGUAUCCUCAGCAGGAAGAGGACAAGAGAGCUGGGAGAGGUUAUUAAAAACAAAAACUCUUAUUGUCUUCAGAUAAGGGGAUACACGUCUUACAUGGGGCUUUUUAAUUAAACAGUGAGUUGACAACCAAAAUAUAGGCCUAGGAAGCUGAGCGGUAACAAUUGGGUGAGUUACAGAAGUUUACCACCUGUGAUUUUGGCCUACAUUUUGCAAAAGUUUUGGUUAUCUGAUCUUAAAAAAAAAAAAAUAUCACUAUUUAGUGGGAAAUAUAACAUCACACACUAGAAAUACUGCCUCCAAAUAGCCUUCAAAAAAAACAUCUCGAAAGACAUACAAUAUCCGUGAUACAGGAUUUUAGGUGGGAUGAAGCCAUUUACCUUCUUUCCUCCCCCCUUUAUUCAUUAUGGAGUAUGAUGGAGGACUUUCAAGGCACCCCCAUUCUUUCCAGAAUCGUUGAGGCACGGACAGAAAUAGGGGUACACCGUUUCAGUGAAGGAAGUGACAAAGGUAUAGAUGUGGGACAUAUCAUCAGCAUUGUAAAAGGAAAGAACACCCCCUUCAUAAUCUAAGUAUAUCCCAACCCUCUGUGGUUUACUCCUCAAAGUGAGAGACCGGUAAGGGACAUCCAAUGCCUUGAACUCAUGUCCGUUCCGCAGCCAGAGGAUCCAAAAACCAUUCUCAGGAGACAAGGUGAUGCCCCCACGCCUGUUUACCGAUUCCUUGGCCAAGCCAAGAUUCCAUUUGGUCUUGCUCCCAACUUCAAUAGCCCAGUAGUGCCGACCAGAGGUGAACCCCUCGGUACCCAGGACGCAGCAACAGUAGUCAAACCGGCGAGGGUUCUCAGGUAGAGACUGCUUAGUGUCACUGUAUCGGACACAGGUUAAAUCUUCAGAGAGGAUCAAGUUAAGGUGAGCCGUGCUGGGGUCCAUAAUUAUAUUAGGCAAAGCUG